CAAUGGGCACUGUGUGUCCCACUGUGCUGAGCUUUGGUGGGGUCGCAGCUAGAGGCUUGCGCACGAAUUAUUCGAGUGCCACAAAAAAGUAGUGCAAAAGUAAUUGUAGCCACGCACAGAACCCGUUGACAGAGAGCUCGCUGGCCUGGCCUGGCCUGGCUGGCUGGCCUGGCUGACUGAGAGGCUGUCUGAGAGGCUGUCUGAGAGGCUGUCUGGCUGGCUGUUGAACCCGUCUAACUCGUUGGCUUUUUGGCCACUUAAUCCGCAACGCCCAGGCGCGAGUCAAGACAGCCAGCGGGCAGCUCGCCAGUUCUGAUUGGAACGCCACACAGCGCGGUUUAGCGAGCGCAGCCAGCGAUAGACUCCAUCGACUAGAGACUCCACGAACGCAUUGUUGGCCAGGAUGCAGUGCAGCUAUUGUGUAAUGCUGCUCGCCCUGCUGGCCGUCUGUCCGAGCAGCUGCCAAGAGGACGCCAGGACCAAGCGCGGCACCAUCACCCUCGACUUUGGCCUCCUGCUGCGCAAUCUGCUGCAGAAGAGCGCCGAUCUGUCCAGCGUCAAGGCGAACAUUACUCGCAAUAUAGUCAAUGCCAAGACGACUCGACGACCCGCCAUGAUGCGAACCACAACGACGGCGGCGCCACCAGCUCCACCGACACCACCACCACCGCCGCCGCCGCCACCGCCGCCACCGCGACGCAGACCGCAUCCUUUCUUCCCGGGGCCUGGCUGGUGGCCACGCCCCUAUGACUACGAUUACGACUAUGGCGAUGCACCCGCACCAGCCCCACCACCAGCACCCACCACAGCAGCGCCAGCACCAGCACCACCACCAACAACAGCAGCACCACCACCACCACCGCCGCCUCCGAGACGCGUGCGUCCUUCGCCGCGUCCUGUGGGCAACUUUUACUAUGACUACGAUUACGACUAUGGAGCGCAGUUUCCACGUCUGGUUACACGCGCACGACCACGCCCACAGCCGCAGCCAGCACCAGCAGCACCAGCAGCACCAGCAGCACCGCCCGCACCAGCGGCGCGCCGUCCGCCCGCUCAGUUGGCGGAUCAGUUGAUCUAUCAGUAUGCACAACCCGCUGAUAUCUACUCUAAGCCCAGUUUCAUCGAGGGCAACGCUGCGGCUGCGGCAGAGGCAGAGGCAGAGGCAGAGGCAGAGGCAGAGGAGGGAGCAAAGCCAGAGACAGGCGCAGGAGCAGCGACUGAUGAUGGCGACGUGCGCAGCGAUGGUGCCGCAGCGGCAGAGCAAGAUAUUGAUGACACGGCGCAGCCUGGCAACUCCAAUCCAGAUCCGAAUCCGAAUCCCAAUCCCAAUCCGAGGCCCAAUCCUUCCAAUCCCUUUGCCUACCUGGAGCAGCCCAACAAUUUCAAACCGAAUCCCAACGCAUUUCUGGUCAACUAUCCAGACGAUGAUACACUGAGCCAGCGUCACAGCUUCAAUCUGAAGCCAUUCGGUUCGCUCAAUCUGGAUCUCAAUCAGCAGUCAAUCAACAGCUAUACAUCGCCAGGGUUGCCGCACUCCAGUUACUACUUAAAGUAAGAGCUCUGCGCGAGCUCUUACUAUUUUUUUUUUGUUUUUGUUUUUUUUUCUCGAUUUUCUACUCUUUUAUCUCGGCUUUUGUAAAUACAAUUAGCAUUAAAAUAUAUGUGUCGUAGUUUCUAAAUUAUAUCAAUGUUUUCCUCUCGCUUUUGGGUCACGUGGUCGGCAUUCGAAUGAGCAAAUUUGUAGCUUUUAUUCAGGAUAUUGGAAUGAAACGUUCUCCAUGGUUAGAUUUUCUUGAUCUGAUCCUACAAAAGAUAUGGUCACUCUAUUUUAUAUAUAUUAUUUUA